UGAUGGCUUCCUGUGGAAAACUAUAAAUGGUGACAUAAUACAUGUAAUAAACCACAAAAUUGAAGGUCAAAAUUACAUAAAUUGAUCAAGUGAAGUUAAUGAGAACCAGCAUGAAUAGAAGAGCAUAAAACAAAUUAUGAUGACAUAGAGAUUAGUUUGGAGAUCCAGCAAAGACAAUUCGCAGAAGGAAACAACAAUGUUGAGGAUGCAAGAUUCACAGGUAGACAAGAUGGAAUCAAGCAAGAAAAUCACGAUUAUUGAGUUCGAGAUGAUGGAUAAGAGAAAGUUUUUCCCACUGACAGUGCUGAGUGGAUUCUCCAUCCGUUGCAUUCUGUACCCAGUUACGUUGGUAAAGACGCGCCUUCAGAUGCAACGAGGGACAGAACUGUACACAGGAACGUUUAACGCGCUGUCGAAAAUCCUCAAAUCCGAAGGCGCAAUGGGUUUAUAUCGGGGGUUUCUAAUCAGCACAUUACAAAUUGCUCCGCAGGUGUGUUAUAUUUCGACGUACGAGGGUGUCAGGACCUGUCUCGAAAAAUAUGGCGGUGUCACGAACACGAAAGUGAAAUCAAUGAUCGGUGGAAUGUGUGCGUCAGUUGUCGGACAAACGUUUGUCGUCCCGGUUGAUGUCGUAUCUCAAUACCUCAUGGUGCUAUCCAAAUCUACAGGACAUAUGCCAGAACAUAUUCGACGUAGUUUUCCUUUAAGUGUUGACAAUAUGGCCUACUACUCUCGCUGGGGAUUCACGAAGGCGUUAUGCAAGGCGCUGUAUAAGAGGGACGGUAUUGCAGGAUUCUAUCGAGGGUACCUGGCGUCGCUGGCCGUGUUUGCUCCCAACAGUGCCAUGUGGUGGUAUUUCUACGACACUUACUGUGAUGUUCUCUCCGGCGUAGCGCCUGUCUGGGUCCCACGACUCGCCCUGCAGUGUAUAUCCGCGCCACUAGGUGGCAUAACAGUUUCUGUGAUAACAAACCCAUUAGACACUAUUAGGACAAGAAUACAGGUUGAGGGAAAAACCUUCUCGAGAACAGUCAGGACUCUGUGGGCUGAGGAGCAAAUGGGAAUGUUUAUGAAAGGACUCUCCGCACGCAUGAUACAAUCUGUAACUUUUUCCUUCUUCAUAAUACUCGGCUACGAGAGUAUAAAGAGGGUGAGCUUGUUAGAGGAGCAUAAGGACAAAGUUCGAUGGUAGUUGCAGGAGCGAGGAGAUUAUGAUUGAAUUCUAUUGAAGCACAGCAGUGUAUUGGUGGCAGGUGCAUGGGUUAAAGAAUCACAGUCGUGAGGCCUAAGCCGUUCCAAAAGAUUUGAAAUUUGUAAUUGAAUUUGAAAAUUUCCAAUUGGUGAUCGAAGUGUAUGUUUGGCAAAAGAGGGUAGAAAUAAGUGUACAUAUUCUGGUUUGGUUAAUUUAUAAUAAUCAGGAGCAUCAAAAAUAUAGAAGGUUCGCAUAUACAUUUGUGGUAGCAUGAUUUAGAUCACUGCUAUUAGCGGGUAUACGAUUUGACAGUUCUUGUUGAACUGGUAGCAUCUGGAUGUGUCCAUAGACAGUUGGGAGUUGUGAUUUCUGAUGCAUAUUUUAGUACUAAAAUGAUGUUGAUCGAAAGUCUCGGUUAUUUUCAAUCGACCUCAAGACAGGUCAGAGCCUAGUUGGCAGUUAGUGUGACUGUGAUAGAUCUCGGGAAAAUGUACAUGAAGUGGUGAUUGAUGUACAAAGGCGGUGCUUGUACAUUGCAUGUACACACAAUAAUAACUGAUUGAAUCAAUUUGAUCGAUUAAUAAAAUAGUUUUAAAAUGUU